AUGAAUCUGAGCAUUCGAACUUCCAGCCCUGAAGCUGAGCUCACUAACCAGGAACCAUCUGACGUCCAAGUGGAGAAGAAGGACGACGCAGAGGUGGCGGGCCUCGGCUCUGAAGCUGAAGCUGACCCAGAAGCUUCAGGAGAAGCUACUGGACGUGGAGCAGAUCAGGAGAAAGAGGAGCAGCAGCAGCAGCAGCAGCAGGGGGAGCAGGGGGAACAGGGGGAACAGCAGCAGCAGGGGGAGCAGCAGCAAGCGGAGGAAGUGCCAGCUAGACAGCGACAGCCUGAGAACGAGGUCUCAGAAGUAGAGAUCCCCAAUGUGGGCAGGAUCAUGGUGAGGGCCGAUGCCGACGGAUACAACGAAGAGAUGAUGCUGACUCCGGCGAUGCAAGGCGUCAUUCUAGCCAUAGCCAAGGCCAGAUCAACUUUUGAUAAGGAAGGACCUGAGGCUGGCCUCAUCAGGGCCUUCCAUGAAGAGUACGCCCGCCUGUUUGAGCUCUCCCAGCAGGAGACCACUCCCCAGGAGGACGCUCGGCUGCAGCACGCUCUGGUCUACUUCUUCCAGAAUAAAGCACCCAAGCGGAUUAUUGAGAGGACGCUGCUCGAGCAGUUUACUGACCGCAACCUGAGCUUCGAUGAGAGAGCCAUCAGUAUCAUGAGGGAAGCCCGAUCCAAGCUGCGUCUCAUCAAGCCCGAGGAUAUGGACAUGGAUGACUACCUGCAAUGGCACGAUGACUACAGGCUGUUCAGGACGGUGUUUGUCUACCUGCUGACUGGACUGGAGCAAUACCAGCAUGGGAAGAUACGAGAGGCGUUGAACUAUCUGGCUCACGCCUACGAGACCAACGUCGCCCUGCUGAAUAACGGAGAGAAACGAGGCGUGGAAAAGUCUCUUAUUGCAGUUUACAUGAGGAAAUGCCUCACUACUUUGAACGAGAGUGCAUCGCGGCUGUUUAGCAGCGGCGAGGAGAGCAAGGUGGAGGAAGGUGUGUCCAUCAUGGACGAGGCCGUCAUCCCCUGCCUUCACCUAAUGAGCCGUGACGCUGCUUUAACGCAGGAAGACCGCGACACCAUGGAGAACAUCCGCAGCCACUGGUGCUGCUGCCUCGGUCAGGACAUGGAUGACUCAUUGCAGGUGAAACUGGGUGAGUUUCUGCCUCGCGUCCUGGACUGCUCAGCUGAGAGAGUCGUGCUUAAAGACCCACCCGAAGUCCAAGCCAACCUGGAUCACAACCUGUGUAGUCGCUUGGCCGCCGUCAUGGAGUCCAUCCACAGCACCUCCAUAGUAACUGUGAAGUAAAAAAAACCCCAUGGAUGAAGAGUCACGGCUUUGAACUGUGCGUCCUACAGUACCUGCCAGCAACCAUCGGCCAAAUGAUGUAUUCCUUUAUAAUUUGCUGGUUUGGGCUGUAAAUGUAUAUUAUUUUGAUGUGUUGGCAUAGCUAGCUGU